AUGGCGACUCUCACGGAAACGGACUACACGCGCGUGUCUACAGACACCGGCGAACAGUUCGUCGACGCGUAUUACACAGCACUCGACGGGUCCCGCAAUCAGAUCAAAUCCUUCUACGUACCAACAGCACCCAUCGUAAACGGCCGUGGUGUUCCGCACAUCAGCUACAACGGAGAGGUGCUCCAGGAUGCAUCAAUCUUCCAGGAGCGCUUCGAGAAGCAGAUGCCGUGGACGCACUUUGAGCCGCAGUCUGUCAAUGUGCACGUCAUGAACCCGAGCAUGGCGAGCUUGGGUGACAAGCCCAGCAAGCGCGACGCUGAGCGGAACAUGAGCCUGGUCGUGCAAGUCAGCGGAUUUGUGCGACUGCAUGAGCGGAAAGAAGGGCCUGUGAGGGGGUUCAGUGAUAGCAUGGUGCUCGUGCCAAACAAGGAGGAGGUUGGAGGGAGAGGCACAGGAAAGCAAGAUCAUGGGAGGAGGUGGUUAAUUCAGAGCCAGAACUUUCGCUUCGUUGUUUAG